CUUGAACUAGUGAACACCUCAGGAAGCGCUUUGAAGUUUGAGCCUCCACCUUACAGCUCUAGGCUUACUUUUGGAACUCAUUCAGAGCUGGGUAGCUUUGAUGAGAGAGUCAAUGAUCCCUCAUCUGAAGGGGCACAGCUUCCGGAGGUACAGCGAAGAAGCGUGCUGGCUAUAGCUGGAACAUAUAUGGAUGGAGGCCGUUUCUUGAUGUAAUGUGUCCUCUCAAUAGUGGAGUGGGGUUCUGUUCGGGACUUACCUGAAUGCCUAAAGCCUAUAGGACCUUAAGCUUUCCAGAGGGCCUGCCUUGAAAGGGCAAUAUCUGCUGUCUGAACGAUUCUAUUUCCUUGGUGCGAUGGCGGACCCCCCACCGAGCCCCAGUUUAAGCAGUGCACGGCAGCUCCCCCAACCCCCAGGCUUGAACGCUCCCCGCCUGAACCUUGCUGGGGGUCACCAGCUUGUCAAAGUCGAAUGUGCUAAGUGCAAGGCACACCUGAACGUAUCAACAAGUUCACACACCUUCACCUGUCCCAACGACUUCUGCCGCCAGCUUCAAGCGCUGCCAGAGCAGUUGAGAAGACCGGCAGAAGGCGCGCAGGCUCCUUUGAGGAGCACGCAGUUUCAUUGCCCAAGCCCCACUUGCAACUCGCUUCUCAACGUCCCGAUUGGCCUCCAGAACUUCCUUUGCCCCCGUUGCUUGAAGCCAAUCACAGUCGGUCGAAAUGGAGGGCCUUCGACGAUAUCCCAACCAAUGCGAGGAGCCGCUGGUUUCCUUGCGCCGCCGCUAGGGCCUGGGAAUCUUGCAGCCGGACGGUACCCCUUCCAUAUGCCUGCUCAACCACCAGAGGAGAUCCACGAGAUGGUUCUGGAUGUGGAGCGGGAAGAAGGAGAGGAGGCAGGGGCGGGGGACACCUUCAUGGACUACCGUGCCUCGAAGCUGGCAUAUGGUCUUCCGCAUCCAGACCCCAUCGUUGAGACGACCAGUCUGUCUGCUGUCCAACCUCCUGACCCCACAUACGAGCCGAAAAUAAGAGGCGAAGUCGAGACAAGCGGCUGCUUGUCCUCGUUACAGAUGGAAAGCAUUGUGUACGCCAGUCAGCGACAUGACCAGAUGCUUCCGGAUGGAUCUCGAGCAGGGUUUUUCCUGGGUGAUGGAGCGGGAGUCGGGAAAGGAAGAACAGUGGCGGGCCUUGUAUGGGAGAACUGGCUGCAGGGCAGGCGGAAAGCGCUAUGGCUCUCUGUUGCAUCGGAUCUGAAGUUCGACUCUCGAAGGGACUUGGACGACGUCGGAGCUUCAGAGGUGGAGGUGCAUGCCCUCAACAAGUUGCCGUACGGCAAGCUGGACUCCAAGUCGAUCGGCAUACACGAGGGCGUCGUAUUCCUGACCUACAGCAGUCUGAUUGCCACCUCCGAGAAGGGGCGCAGCAGGCUCCAGCAGCUCGUGCAGUGGUUUAAACCGGACUUUGACGGACUCAUUGUUUUCGACGAGUGUCACAAAGCCAAGAACCUAGUGCCUGAGAGUGGAGGCAACGCGACCAGAACAGGAGAAGCCGUGCAAGAGUUGCAGACGAAGUUGCCGAAUGCCCGGAUCGUCUACUGCUCGGCAACGGGCGCUUCAGAGCCACGCAAUCUCGGGUACAUGGUUAGGCUCGGCCUCUGGGGCCCACGCACGGCGUUCAGCUCCUUCCCCGAUUUCCUGACAAUGUUGGAAAAGCGAGGCGUGGGUGCGCUGGAGCUGGUUGCGAUGGACAUGAAAGCACGGGGUAUGUAUGUCUGUCGAACUCUGAGUUUCAAGGGAGCAGACUUCGACAUUGUGGAAGUACCAUUGGAACCAAAAAUGAAGGAGAUGUACACACACGCUGCCUCCUUCUGGGAUCGGCUUCGGCUCGACCUGCUCCUCGCCAUCGAGACAGUCGCUGAUGGAAAACAGAAAAGCAACUCCUUGUGGCGCUACUUCUGGGCUUCUCACCAACGCUUCUUCCGGCACAUGUGCAUGGCGGCCAAAGUUCACCGUGCUGUGUCUCUGGCGAAGGACGCGGUGGCCAGCGGCCGUUCCGUGGUCAUCGGUUUGCAAAGCACGGGCGAGGCCAGGACGGAGGAGGCAGUUAGCAAAUACGGCGAGGAGCUGGACGACUUCGUGUCUGGCCCCAGGGAGCUGCUGAUCAAGCUAGUGGAAGACAAUUACCCCAUGUUCGACGAACCAAGUGAUGAGAUUGGUGCCGACGGCCACGUCGCCUCUCUUCAGCUGCCCGCUCGGAGCUCCCGGAGCAAAACCCGUGCUGGCGGAGCUCCGGAGGCGGGCCCCUCCGGCCGGAACGGAAAGCGUGGCAAAGCGGAGCCACAGGUCACGAGGUCGUCUCGAGGCCGGGUCCUGAAGAAGCCAAAGUAUGAGGAGCCGGACAGUGACGACGAGCUGUGGAUUGAAGAAGAGGAGACGUCGUCCGAAGAGGAAGGCAAAGACGGGGAGGCUUCCGACCAGGAGGUGGAGCUGUUCCGGCCGUGUUAUGUCUGUUUACAAGAACAGGAGGGCGACGUCCUACUUCUGAAGUGCAGCAAAUGCGACAAAGCGGCGCAUGCCGCCUGUCUGACGCCCCCCUUGAUGCCCCCGAAAGAAGACACCCCGUGGCUGUGCCCUGCUUGCGAUAAGACAGAUCAGGAGGCGAGGGCACAGAGAGAGGCGUUGAUCAAGGAUCAGUGGGCAAAGUACAAUAAGAUGAAAGCGGCCAAAGAGCUUUGGCUGGAGAUCAUCAGGACGAAACUUGAGCUGCCAAACAACCCACUGGACGAAGUCAUAGACCAACUUGGGGGCCCGGAGAAGGUGGCCGAGAUGACGGGGCGUAAAGGUAUGCUGGUGCGCAACUUGGACGGGAAGGGCGUCACGUGGCGGGCCCGGAACAGCAAGGAGGUCAGCCUGGAGAUGAUCAACAUGGUGGAGAAGCAAAAGUUCAUGGACGGGGAGAAGUUGGUGGCCGUCAUCUCGGAAGCAGCUUCUGCGGGCAUCUCGAUUCAAGCCGACAGGAGGGCGCUGAACCAAAGACGCCGGGUCCACAUCACUCUCGAGUUGCCCUGGAGUGCGGACAAGGCCAUCCAGCAGUUUGGACGCACGCAUCGGUCGAACCAAGCCAGCGCUCCUGAGUACAGGCUCCUCUUUACAAAUCUGGGGGGAGAGAAGCGGUUUGCGUCGAUCGUUGCAAAGCGACUCGAAAGCCUAGGUGCUCUGACACAAGGGGACAGACGAGCGGGCCCCUCCUUAGGUGCAUACAAUUAUGACAGCUACUGGGGGAAGCGAGCGCUCGCAGCUGUGUACAAGGCCAUAAAUGCGCAGAUUCCUUCCCCAGCCCCUCCACCCGGCUGCAAGCGCAGCUCGCCUGAGGAGGCGCGCUUUAUCACCGAUGCCCGGGCAGCCCUGGUGUCCUGCAACAUCAUACAAGACAGCACGCGUGCGGGGUCGAUACGGGGCAUGGCCUCCGGGCGCAUUACCGAAAGCGACAUGUACGACGUCGCCCGGUUCCUCAACCGCCUGCUUGGCUUAGAGCCGGGCCUGCAAAACAGCUUAUUCGACUUUUUCGUGGCCAACUUCGACGCCCUGGUUCUCGAGGCGCGGCGCACCGGUCACUUCGACACGGGCAUCGUCGAGAUGCGGGGAGCCCGGGUGGCUCUCGACGGAGAACCGGAGGAAGUGUUCCGGGAAGCGUCCGGGUCGGCCGCCACGCUGCACUGCGUGGUCAAGGUGGACCGGGGGUUGCCGUUUGAGGACGCAAGCGCGGCCUUGGAAGCGGCUCCAGCUGAGGACCCAGGCAACGGGUUCUACAUCUCGCGACGGGAGUGGCUUGGGAGGAAACACUCACUGCUGGCUGUGCGAAGCUUUGACUCCUCGGCGCCCCUGUUCACCAUCUAUCGUCCGGCAAGUGGGCGUGCGGGAAGAGAGAUGCCGCAGGCGGAGCUGCGGCUCAAGUACGAACAAGUGGCGAGCGAGGACGCAGCGAAAGCGGCUUGGACCAUGGACUUCGACGCUUCGGCCAGCCAGUGCAUGCACGGCCCCAAGUGCAAGUGGCAGUCCGCGUGCUCGGUCGGCCGGCGCGUCAACGAGCUCCACAUCUUGAACGGACUAAUCCUGCCGGUGUGGGGCAUCGUGGAAAAGGCCCUCUCCAAACAGGAACGAAUCGGCGACCGGCGCUUGCGGGUGGUGCGGCUGGAGAUGACCGACGAUGGGCGCCGCGUGGUGGGGGUGCACGUGCCGACUCCGGCCAUCGCAAGCGUGCUAGAAGGUCUCAAGCGACCAGUAGCUCAAUUAGACAAAGUGUAAUCUUGUUAAGCUCGCAAACGAGGGUACCUUGUUCGCAUAACGUGCUGACGUGCGUCGUCUAGCAGAAAUUCAGGUUAGCCAAAGCUGCCAACGCAAUAGAGUGCGCUUCAGUCGGUAUUGUCCACCAGUGCUUGGUGGAUGUACAUUGAUCGGACACGCCGCGCGACUGCCGUUUGUAGAUCUCAAAACCGGUUUAGCAAUGGGCUACCGUGCUUGUGGCUCGCUUCACC